AUGGUUGGCAAAUUUGCAGAUGACACCAGAAUAAGUGAUGUAGUGAAGAGGGCAAAAGUUAAUUUCCUGGUGAUUUUGGUUCUUGCACGUGGAAAGUGUGGCCUCUCGAACUGCACAACGCGAUGCCUGGUGGCCAUGGCAACGUCGGAUCUCCUGUUCCUCCUCGUGAACGUUAUACUGUGGCAACUCAAUAAUUUUUACUUCCCAAGAAAUUUCCUGGACAUCACCCCUGUGUGCAGUGCUGUCUUUGUUCUGAUCCAUGUAACCACAGACUGCUCCGUCUGGUUCACUGUCCUUUUCUCCUUUGAUCGUUUUGUGGUCAUUUGCUGUCAGACACUGAAGAGAAAAUAUUGGACAGACAAGACCUUGGCUGUGGCUCUGGCUGCAACUGGCAUUCUGCUCUGUUCAAAAAACAUUCCCUUCUAUUUCCGGUUUCAACCUGGGCGGAUAGUUAACAAUGUUCCAUGGGGCUGCCGAACAAAAGCAAUCUAUUACACUGAUCCCAGGUGGCUGGGAUAUAACUGGUUUGACAACGUUUUAACCCCUUUCAUCCCAUUCGUGUUAAUCCUGUUGAUGAACACUCUGACGGUCAGGUACAUUUUAGUGGUCAGUCGAGUCCGCAAGAGCCUGAAGGGUCAGAGCAAGGGAGAGAGUCACAAAGACGCAGAGAUGGAGAGCCGGAGGAAGUCAGUGAUUACCCUCCUCACCAUAUCCACCAGCUUCAUCCUUCUGUGGUUCGUGUAUGUUACAAAUUUCUUAUACUUUGCCAUUAACGGAACAACGUUUGGUGUUUUUGCACCAAUCGGAUACCUUGUCAAGGAUGUCAGCUGCAGCACGAACACAUUAUUUUAUGCAGUGACUCUGUCCAAGUUCAGAGCAAAGUUCAGGAAUGCCAUGCACCAACUGGUCACGUAA